AUGUAUCUUAUCCCGCUUAUCCUAUCCAUCGCGUCAGCUCUCAUGCUCGUCAACGCUUCAUCCUCCUCCACGACCAUCACAGACGCCACCCCACCAUCCGGCACAAUCUCGUCGUCUCUCAGCCCUACUGAAACCCCGGUCGUCAUCUCGGAGUACGGAUACUGCACGAACAAGACCUACAUAUACUGCUCUCACCGCGACCUCACGGGAGACUACAAGAACGACCUCCCCCACGCCGUGGACGGAAUGGACCACUUCUGCCCGAGGCACAUGAUCGACCCCUACAAAUAUUACCGAACAAUGAUUGGCCGCACCCAGAUCUACGUCUGCAAUUACGGCGACAGCCUGAUGCCUUGUUCGUCCGCCGAGUACUGGGCCGCGAAUGCGCUUCUGGACGACAAGUGUGGGGAGGGAAAAGGAGGGUGGAUGUAUAGGAAGACCGAGGACCGCACCUGGUCUGUCGGAAGAGAUCCGAGUCUGAACGAGCAGGACUUUUUAUCCGAAUGUGGGAUGUGGUAG